AUGGCCAUCCGUCUUGGAAGUGGGCUGCUUGUUGCAUUGUUGGCUUCAUCACAGGUGUCUGCUUCACCAGCUGUCAACGUUCGUAUGCAAGCGGCUUUUAAUAGCGGGCCAUAUCUACUUGAACUACUUGAAACUGCGACGGCCGAGAACUCUUCUGCCUACUUUCCCCUACUCGAUCGAAUCGCUGGCGGGCAAUUCUCCAGAUCAUCCACCGAAGCUGAGCUUUACAAUGAGUUUAUUAGCGUUGUCCGGGAUGAUGGCCACAUUAGCAGCCCAGAGGCGCUGUCCACAUUCAACCUUGGACUCUCUCUACGCUCUUCCGCCCCAAGAAUUGAAGCACAUUAUCAAUAUUAUGAUACAGCCGUCGCGAUCGCAGAGAUAGAUCUUUCCUGCGAGGCGUGGGUUCUUUUGGAAGGAAAUCAGUACUGUACUCCGCAAUUGGACGCCGCCGUAAGGAAUGGGCUGCUCGACCCGAAUAUAACUGCUUUACCGUUCGACCGCUCCAUUGGUGCUGGCAAACAUGUAGUUCUAUAUGUGGAUCCUGCAUCUCCUCACUUCAGAAAGUUUCACGCGCCGCUCCGGAUUGCUGCUGAAGCCGGCGAAUACAACUACCGCGUACGAUACCGACGUCCAAUAAAUGCUAGCAAUAAGGCGUUGCAUGUCAGCGGCUUUGGGGUCGAACUAGCACUGAAAAGAACUGAUUAUAUCGUCAUAGAUGAUAGGGCGUCGCAAAGUGAUGCAAAAGCACAGAAGCCCUUGGAUACAGAGGCUAUAUUUGAGGAACAAGAGUUGACAGACCUCCGCCCGCUUUCAACCUCGGAGCUAGCAACUCUCGGUAUGAAAUCCUCCUCGUUCAUUCAAAGUAGCAAAACUCCUUUCGAGACUCUCGUCAAACUGAUGCAGGACUUCCCCAAAUUUUCUGCAUCAAUCUCGGCGCACAAUGUGUCGGCAAACUUUUCCGAAGAAUACCAGCGAGGCCAUAUUCAGCGUGUACCAAGAGGAAUAAAUGCGUUGUGGAUGAAUGGGUUACAACUCAUAGAACGCCAAAUCGAACCGUUCGCCCUCGUUGAGAUGCUUCGUGAUGAGCGAAAGCUCAUCGAUGCCGUUCGCAAUCUGGGGUUAAACGGAGACGAAGCCAUAUCACUGCUCGGACAUGAAAGCAUCGCAGCAACGCAGUCAGAUGCGGGAGGAACAAUGAGAUUCGACUGGACCGACAAACCAGAGGAUGGUCAGGCGAUCAUUUGGUUGAAUGAUCUGGAAAAUGAUGACCGCUAUGACCAAUACCCGGACGAUUUGAGCUCUCUGCUCCAACGCACGUUUCCAGGACAGAUCCCACCGAUCGCCAGGAACAUAUUCAACGUUGUUACUGCCAUUGACCCCUCGGAUGCGGACGACCUGACAAUUUUGGGUCAAUUAAUGGCACUUAUUGGCCGUGGGAUACCGAUUCGCUUCGGUAUUGUGCCUGCCGCAUCAAGCCCAGAAUCUUCAAACCUAGCGAAAAUUGUAUAUCAUUUGAUAAGAACGUAUGGCUUCGAAUCACUUCGGAAUUAUAUCGAGAGCGUUGGUGAAGAGCCCAACACAGCCCUAGGUGAAGCCAAAUUUUCUCAGAUCAUCAAUGGCCUGACGCCAGUCGCUGGAAAUCACCCAAUAAAAUUUCUCGAAGUCAUGGAGAAUGAUGAUUUCAACUCACGACUAGAAAUGGCUGGCCGAUGGAUUUCUAGACUCAAAGCCUCAGACAACUCCUCGCCAAUAUUCUUCGUUAAUGGAGUUUCAACGCCUCGUGUUGCGAACUGGUUACAAAGGAUGAGUAUGCAAGUCUCAGAAGAUCUUCAAACAAUCCAGAGAGGCAUAUACCAUGGUGUCAUCAGUGAUGAUGUCUGGGUCCCAGGUAUCUUUUUGGAAGGCGCAUUACUUCGCCGCAAUGAGUAUGUAUCUAUCGAUGAUGCCCAUCCUCUUCGAGUUCUAGAUGUCAGCAAGCUAUAUGGAGACCACAAGGACCUGUUCGGCAUCAUUCCGGUGCGAAACUGUGACCCCCAAACAGAAAGGGAAUCAUGGGCUGCCGUAACCGUUAUCACUGAUGCGAUGACUUCGCGCGGCGUGCAGCUUCUCAUAUCAGCCCUCAAAUUCAAGCAGAGUAGGCCGGGCGUGCGACUUGACAUUAUCCACAACCCUGCCACUACAGAAAGGGCUUCGGACCUCAGCAAGUCUUCGAGGGCUGAAGCUAGUCUUCUCGGUCUUGGCAUGAGCGAAGAAGUUGAGAAAAUAGUGCGAGAGGCGGAGGCGAGUUCCUCGACUGGUGCAUAUGCCGUUGCCCUGAAGCGAUUCCUAUCCUACGCAAAAAUACAGCCAGGCAGCAGCUGUGUAAUUCUAAAUGGGCGCAUGAUUGGCCCAAUUGCACCAGAGCAUAUAUUUACCGAGGAUGACUUUGUACAGCUCUUGGCUUUUGAGCGCAAAAGUCGGAUUCUCCCUGUUUUUGAGGCCCUCGACGAUCUCGGUCUAGGCAAUAGGAUUUCUGGACCUAUUUCUGCCGCCAAACUGACGUCUAUUGCCGCUCUAUCAACCAUUUCCAACUUACCGGAAGGUAUAUUUGAAUCAUCUUCAUCUGCUCGGACCAUGAUCUACAGAAAAUGGGAUGCGAAGCACACAACAAUUGAAGUUGGCGACGCGAAAACUGCUAGCAUCCACCUCGUUGCUUUGCUCAAUCCUUUGAGUGAGCAAGCUCAGCGAUGGGCACCUCUCCUCAAAGUCUUGUCUGAACUUGACGGCGUGCAUCUCAAGUUGUUUCUGAACCCCAAGGAGAAGCUUGAGGAGCUUCCCAUAAAGCGAUUCUUCCGUUACGUUCUAGAAUCAAAGCCCUCUUUCGAUGAUGGUGGCGCUAUUAGAACCGGACAGGCUAUUUUCAGUGGACUUCCUUCGGAAGCUCUUCUUACACUUGGAAUGGAUGUACCCCCUGCUUGGUUAGUAGCAGCUAAAGAGUCUAUGCACGACUUGGACAAUAUCAAGCUAUCUUCAAUAAACUCCGACAUCGACGCCAGUUAUGAGCUUGAACACAUUCUUAUUCAAGGUCACUCCAGAGAAGGAAAGUCCAGCCCUCCUCGAGGCGCCCAACUUGUCUUGGGAACCGAGAGUGAGCCGCACAUGACGGACACAAUCGUCAUGGCAAACCUUGGAUUCUUCCAAUUCCAAGCAAAUCCGGGCAUAUACAAUAUUCACCUAAAGGAGGGCCGAAGUGCGGAGACAUUCGAGAUUGAGAGUGUCGGCGCACAGGGUUGGGCGGCUGUUCCGGGCGAUGAAGGCACGUCUCUAGCCCUACUCGACUUUCAAGGAACAACGCUUUAUCCUCGACUCCUUCGCAAGCCAGGCAUGGAAGAGGUAGAUGUGCUUGAACAAGCCGACCAAGUGACUGAGAACAUAGUUUCGAAAGGCUUCAAACUCGCAGAGAGUUUCUUGGGCAACGUCUUGGGCAAGAAGUCCACCGCAAAUUUGCAACACGCUGAAAUCAACAUUUUUUCCGUUGCGAGUGGCCACUUAUACGAGCGCAUGCUCAACAUUAUGAUGGUCUCUGUCAUGCGCCACACAAAACAUACCGUCAAAUUCUGGUUUAUCGAGCAAUUUCUGUCGCCAUCAUUCAAGGAGUUUAUUCCUCACCUCGCUGAGGAGUACGGCUUCAAGUAUGAAAUGGUGACAUACAAAUGGCCACACUGGCUCCGACACCAAAAAGAGAAACAGCGAGAAAUUUGGGGCUACAAGAUUCUUUUUUUGGAUGUCCUGUUCCCCCUUUCUAUUGACAAGGUUAUCUUCGUGGAUGCGGAUCAAAUUAUACGAACAGAUAUGAUGGAUCUGGUCAAGCUUGAUCUUGAGGGAGCCCCGUACGGAUUCACUCCCAUGUGCGACUCCCGGACUGAGAUGGAAGGAUUUCGCUUCUGGAAGCAGGGUUACUGGGCAAACUACCUUCGUGGUCGCCCCUACCACAUUUCUGCUCUCUACGUUGUCGAUUUGCGACGCUUCCGCGAAAUCGCCGCUGGAGACCGCCUUCGACAGCAGUAUCAAGCUCUCUCUGCCGACCCGAACAGCUUGGCGAACCUGGAUCAAGAUUUGCCCAACCACAUGCAGUUCCAGCUACCGAUUCACAGCCUGCCUCAGGAAUGGCUGUGGUGUGAGACGUGGUGCAGCGACGAGAGCCAAGGCAAGGCGCGAACCAUUGAUCUCUGCAACAACCCCGAGACAAAGGAGCCCAAGCUCGAUCGUGCUCGCCGGCAAGUUCCCGAAUGGACCAAGUACGACGACGAGAUUGCGGCGUUCGCUCAGCGCGUCAAGGCGGCGAAGAGCCCCGACGAGGAUGAACGACGAACAAAUCUGGAAAGGAACACCAAGAGUCGGAACUUUGAGGAACGUCCUCACACCAAGGACGAGUUGUGA